GAGGUUUUUUGACCAAUAUGGGACUGGUCCCUUGGCCUUCAACUUGUUAAAACCAAACUUUGUAUCCACAUGUCAAAGGUUUGUCAUGUGCUACACAGACUUACAGACAAACAGCUGUGGUGAAGUCAAACCCUCUGACCUGUUCGACAGGACCACAAAGACCUUAGAGGCUGAGGGGGUCGUCCUCAAAAAGAGAGAGCAUCACCGGAGAGCGUCCAGGAUCCAGGACUCUGAGGAAAACUGAGUUGAAGCUCUUGUUUUAAGGAAACGAAGCAGAUGAAUAUUUGUCAGCAUCACUUCCUGCUUUGUUCCUAAAACUUGUUGUUGUGAGAUUUAGUGUCAUUUUUCCUGUUUCCUCUGCUCAUCGUUCAUCUACAGGAACAAUGUCAGAAUCUGUCCUGAACUUAUAUGACUGUCUGGAUGUGACUGAAAUAAAAACAAUGAGAGAAA